UACACAUCAGUUGAAGGUGCAGCGGGCGGUUGGAUGGGAGAUCAUAGUGAUGUCAGGACAGGGAGGGCUUACUGCAGGAGAUAAAGCCAGCUAAUAGAGAUGAAAUGAAUCGGUAUUUAAAAGGUCUCUUUUAGUUAAGACACUUUGCUGGCAGCAGAUUGUGCUUACUCCAGUCUGCAAGUUGGAUGCUGAAGGACAAACAGAAUAAAAACUAGCUCACAUAUUUAAAAAUACUUUAUAAUCAUAUUUGUUCCAUAAUUUGCUUUGUUUUUUUGUAUUACAUCUGAACUACCACAACAGCAGCUGCAAAUACUACUAACAUAAAGCACUACUUUGGAUUGAAGGUGGUGUGCUGUGAUGACUCCACGGGAGCAGCUGAGGAAGAUGACAGCACUGAGUGACCAGGGGACUUUAGAUGAGAAGCACUGGUACCGAUUGGUCAACGGCAUGUCGGCUGGAGAGCUAAGGCAGAGGCAGGAGCUGAUAAUGAGGAACCAGAUGGCCAUGGCUCCACAGAUCCUCGCCCAGGGCCAACAGAGGUUACAGGGGGUCCCAACACAGUUUGAACAUCGCUUUAUGGAAAGGGAGUUGGUUCCUCCUGCAGAGAUGGUAACAUCCGAAGCAAGGCAGAUUCACAUGGGACAUCACCUCGGUCCACCCCUUCCACCACAUGCCAAUGUCCUGCCUGGCAGAGCAUUCCCAGGACCAGGAGGGUAUGGCUUCCUGCCCUCAGAACCAAUGGAAAACGUUGCCAGGCGACAGGAGCUCCUUCACAAGCAAAAUAUAGCAAGGAUGGAGAUGAACGCCAUCAUGCACCAGAAAGAGCUUGAGAAUGCUCACCAAAAAGGACUGAUGGGAAUAGAGAAUCCCAUGUCGUACCCUUCCAACCCCAUGCUCUUUAGGGGCCGCCAGCGCAUGCCAGACGGCCAUGAGGUCUUUGUCCACCGUCCCUCCCUAGAUGAGCUUCAUUCCAACAGCAUACUCAUGUCAUCCAACCCCUAUCCACCAAUCAGCUCGCUGCACAGAGAGAGAGGUCGUAGGGCUGGGCGAAGGCCUACUGUACAUAAGAGUACAGAGAACCAGGUGCCCAACCUGAAGGGUCAAACUGAGGACAAAAGUGUAGAGCAGAGUCCAGAGGCGACAUCAGGAGAGGAGAAAGAGUUAGAAGCAAAGGGGGAUGUGGGCGAGGAGUGUGGCACGAGUAAGACACACCAUCAGGUGAAAACAGACCCUGAGCUGGCCAUAGGAAGAAGGAAGAGCUACAAAGAGGGGGAGGCGGGCCUGCGUAAGACUUGCGCUACCACUCAGGAUGGAUGUUCAGAUAUUACCAACGGUGCUUCCAAUGAUAAAGACAUACCCAGUCAGUGUUCGGCUUUCCAGGAAAAAUUCAUCUAUCCCUCCACCGGUGGAGCUCUCACAGGGAUGCCUUAUGUGUUCCCUGUCCAAGGAAAUGGUUUUCUUCCAAGUGGCCCACCAAACCUCUUUCUGAAUGGUGAGGAAGUUCCAGAGGACUUAAGGAAGUGGACAGUGAACGAUGUUUACAACUUCAUUAGCAGUAUACCGACAUGCUCAGAGUAUGCUCAGACGUUCAAGGACCACAUGAUUGAUGGAGAAACUCUUCCACUUCUUUCAGAGGAGCAUCUACUGGACACACUAGGGCUCAAGCUAGGCCCAGCUCUGAAAAUACGCUCACAGGUAUCCAGAAGGCUGGGGAACAUGAUGUACAUGCUGAACAUACCUCUCCCCGGCACUCCACUGCAGGGCACAUCAGAAAAGCCCGGGGACCGCUCACCAGAAAUUGGCUCCCCCAUUAACUGCAACAGUGAGGACAUGGCUGCGAGUCCAAGAGACCCUGAGGUCAUCAAGUCUACAGAACAUAUUCACGAGGCAGAAAACAGUUCUCCUCCCUCAGCCAGCAGUGAGAUGGCCUGACCUCCGUUGACACUAAGGACAAUUUUAAACCAAACCAGAUUCUGGCCUGAUGAGCUGUUCCCGCCACGGAAGAGGACGUGUUUACAUUAUGAGUCAUGAGUUAACAAUUGCAUUUCAUAUUUAAUUUGCUAUAUGUACAUAGUAAAAAUAUUUUUAUUUUGAAUUCUAAAGUGAUACAUAUUUUAUCAUUCUUUGCUUUUAACCUUACAAUUUAAAGUAUUUUCAUGUAAAUUCCAAUUAUUUUCUAAGCAUUUCUAUUCUUCUUCACUCAGCUAAUAGAGAUCAAUAGAAACCAUAUUAAAAACAUUUCACAAACCAAAUUUAAAAACGAAUCAUAUCUCUUUUGAGCAUUUUGAAUGUCUUGUUUCAUACAUUUUUGCCUUUAUUUGUCUAAGAAUAAAGUUUUUUUCUACAAAGGAAUGUGCA